CGCUUUCGGGUAUUAGGAUUCUGAUUUAAAUUUCUGUAUCAACUUCUCUGAUAUUUUUAGUAAGGUUUGAUGUGAUUUUUUUAUCAGGUUCCACAAAAAGUGAAGAAAAAAAAACGUAUCUUCUUCUAAAAAUGGAAACCACGUCUAAAUCCAGACCCUCUGCGGCGGUUCCCUGCGAUUUCUGCGACUCAAAAACGGCGGUUGUACACUGCAGAGCCGACUCUGCAAAGCUCUGUCUGUUGUGCGAUCGACAUGUGCACUCGGCCAAUGCCCUGUCUCGCAAGCACCUCCGCUCACAGAUCUGUGACAACUGCAGGACCGAACCGGUGUCCUUUCGAUGCUUCACCGACAAUCUUGCUCUCUGCCAGAGCUGCGACUGGGACUCUCAUGGUAAUUGCUCAGUCCCGUCUCUCCACGAGAGGACUCCCGUGGAAAGCUUCUCAGGGUGUCCCUCUCCACUCGAGCUCGCUUCUGUGUUUCGAGUGGAUUUGAAGGAUGGGAAUUGGAGUAGUUGGAAUUUCGGGUCGGUGAAUGUUCAGGAUUUUGUGGUUCCGGGCGAGAAUUGCUAUGCUGGGUGUGGUACGAAAGUAGAGAAGAACGGGAUAAGCGUGGUGUAUGAGCAAUUGGUGGACUUAAUACGGAGCGAUGUGGAUGUGGUGCGGGGGGAUGUGGACGGAGAUGGAGAUGAGGGUGAGGAUGGUGCUGAACUGGGUCCAGGGACGCCGGGUAGGUGUGCUAAUAUGGGGAAUUUUCAAGGUGUUGAUUUAGAUAAUGGUGAUGAUGAAGAGUUGUUGCGGCAGCAAACGCCGUUUACGUCUUUGCUUAUGUUGCCGACGCCUGUUGAUGCCAGAGACACUGGCUGUGGUUAUGGUUGCGCAGUGGAAGGAGACGCUAUGUGGGAUCGUGGCCACCUUUCAUAUCAGGCACCCCAGAUAUGGGAUUUUCAUUUGGGAAGAUCAAGGAUUUGCAAAGAAACUAGUCCAGAAGCAGGAUACGAUGUGGACAAUUCUGGUUUUGUGAUCAAGAAUUACAGUGAAAUUACCAAGGGAUCUUCCUUGACAAGAACAAAAGCGUUACAAGGCAUGUAUGAGAUGAAUUGCACAACAACCCAUGAGGAUAUCCUGUCAAAAAAUGCUGUUCUGGUUGUGACUCAUGAUUGGAGAAAUAGGAUGAAGUUACUCUUAUGUACUUGUUCCAUUCAAUUAGAGUACAUGGACACAUAAUGGUUAAGUUCAAAUUAUCAACUUAUGCAAGAUAUGUUUUAAAUUUAGUUGCAAUGUUUAUGGUGAAAAUCAGAAAUUUUAUUCAGUCAAGAGUUAUCCCUGUUAGGCUUCUCUUUAAAGUAUGCCAAUGUUUCUCUAGCUCACCAUUUAUGUGACAACACUUGGUUUGUAAACCUACAUUUCUUAGUAUCCUUUAGGUGAUAUGUAGCAGUAUUUGGUUACUCUGUAAUUUGGUUUCUCCAGGGUUCUUUAAAUUAAGGAAGAAAAAAAAAGAAGAAUCGUUUAUUUUGUUUGACUAUUUCUUGAAAUUUAAGUGCCCUCUGGGACAUGGCUCUAUGAUUUACUCCAAGACUGGUGGUUUAGGCACUCCUUUGAACCAUGUGGCAAUCUGUAAGGGGUUAGAAUUUUGUUCAUGCUGCCCUUUUGAGAAGCACACAUCGCACUAUUGCUGUGAGUUCAGUGAAGAUACAGGAACUCCUGAUGGAGGAAAUGGGAUUGGGGUUAUAGUGGCCCCAUUUCUCAAAAAUGUGAACAAACAAAGGCUCUAUGUAUAAUAUCAGCCUAAGGAACUCCUGAUGGAGGAAAUGGUAUUGGGGUCAUGGUGAUGGUGAGCCUACUUCUCAAAAAUGCAAGCAACAGAGGCUGUAAACGGGUUUGCAGAUCUCAGUCUCUUAUCUAUAAUAUUAGUCUUACUAUUGACAUAACAUCAUAGUUUAUGAAUUUAUUUGUUCUUUCAUGGAUUGUUUUUAUCACAGCUGGUAUUUAUAAGCCUGAUUAAAAAAAAUGCAGAGUCAUUCAAAUAAAGCAUUGUCAAGCCAGGGACCAACGACAGCAGAGAGCAACAACAUACCUAUAGUAGGGCCAUCAUCAGAGUCCUGGACAGCUGAACCCAAUACAAACAGCAUUAAAAGUAUGCAGUUCAAGGAUCUCCUUAUUGGGAGUGGAACUGCAAGAACAGAGACAACCAAUGUUGAUAUGGAGCUGCUGGCACAGAACAGAGGCCAUGCCAUGUUACGCUACAAGGAGAAGAAGAAAACUCGAAGGCACG